CCACGACCCUUUGGAUUGGUGGCAGAGGUGUUUCUCGUUUCCAAAUUUCUAAAUUUUGUAAUACACUUUCUACUAAACGAAAUUUCUCGUUUCUAAAUAGUAAAUAACUUAUUUUUCAAAAGAAAUUAUUAUUUAUUUGUCUUAUCCAAAAUUGUUAAUAGGGUGGAGUCAUUUCAACUCUCAUUCACAUCUUGGAACAGUAGUCAUUUUAGUCAUGUUAUAUAAUUUGCAUGUAUUGGUCAUCAUUUCUAUGCAUGAGAACUUGGAAAGUCAUUAGGACUCGGAUUUUUGAUGUCUAUGAAAGAAACUCAAGAAAUAAGACUUCAUGCAAGGGCACAAGAUGAGGAAAACAAGGAAACAAAAAAUGGAGCAGCAAGGAAUUACAAGUGGUGGAUAAGAAUAGCCAUGUAUAUACUAUUUCUGCUGUGUGGCCAAUCAUCAGCAACCCUUUUGGGAAGAUUGUACUAUGAUAAAGGUGGACAAAAGAAAUGGAUUGCAGCUCUUGUCCAAGUUGUUGGUUUUCCAAUUCUACUUCCACUGUAUUUCAUUUCUUCUUCUUCAUCAUCAUCAUCAUCCAAAUUGGGAAAACAAACAAAAUGUUCAUCACCUUCUCUUGUAGCUCUAUCUAUGGUUUAUGGUAUCCUUGGCUUACUCAUAGCAUCAGGCUCUGUCUUGGCUUCCUAUGGGCUUUCAUACCUCUCAGCUUCUACUUUUUCAAUCAUUUUAGCAUCCCAAUUGGGAUUUACAGCUUUCUUCUCCUUCUUCCUCAAUUCCCAAAAGUUCACACCUUUCAUUAUCAAUUCCAUUGUCCUCCUGACAAUCUCCUCCACCCUUCUUGCUUGUCAACCUAGUUCUUCCUCCCUGUCCGGAGUCUCCAAAGCAAAUCAUGCAAUAGGGUUUAUAUGCACUCUAGGUACCGCAGCUUCGGCUGCACUCGGGCUUUCUCUCUCGCAAUUCUUCUUCCGGAGAGUUAUUAAGAAGGAAUCGUUUCGAGCCGUGGUGGAUAUGAUAAUCUUUGAGUUGUUAGUGGCAAGUUGUAUGAUCUUGGCUGGAGUUUUUGCUAGUGGGGAGUGGAAAGAUUUAAGCAAAGAGAUGGAGGGAUUUGGAUUGGGUAAAGUUUCCUAUGUUAUGACUCUUGUUUGGACUGCUAUAGCUUGGCAAGUUUUCCAAAUUGGUUUUGUGGGUCUUAUUUUUGAGGUUUCUUCACUUUUCUGCAAUGUCAUUAGUUCUUUGUCAUUGCCUAUUAUUCAAGUUAUGGCUGCCAUCGUUUUCCAUGACCAUAUGAAUGGUUUGAAGGUGAUUUCAAUGGUUUUGGCCAUUUGGGGCUCUGUUUCUUACAUCUACCAGAAUUACCUUGAUGAUCAGGAAUCCAAGAGUACUACUGAAGAUUCAUAUUCAAAUGCUAAUAGUGGAGUUUCAAAAGAAGCUUCCUCUAUUUGAAAGAGGAUCAAGAAGGAUUUUUUUUUUUUUUUUCCGUAAUUGGAGUUAGGGAAUAAAAUUCAGAAUUAUUAUAUUAAAAAAUAGUAACUUUGACACUAAAUUAUUCUCUAGUAUCAACAAGAGAAAGAUUAAAUUUGAAUAAGUGAGUGUCAAAAGAAAAAAAAAAAUACAAAUGUAAUGAAUAAUGAUCCUCGUUUGCAAUGGAAAAGUGGUUAUGCAGU